AUGAAUAAUGAUGUUACCUCAAUAUCUGAACACCAUUUAUCAAAAGAAGUAAUAGAUGCAUUUAAUUUACUUGUGAAAAAGUAUGGUAGAUGGCAAUUAAUUCCAUUACUUUUGCCAGGAUUUACACCUUUAUGUUUUAAUUCACCCAGAACACGUCAAUGGUCAUCUGAAGAUAAAAAAUUCUUAAAGAAUAUAAUAGCUGAACAUGGGUUUGAUUGGGAUAAAAUUAUUCCUAGCUUUCCAUAUAAAAAACCAAAUGAGGUACGUCAACAUGUUUUCAAAUAUUUUACAAAAUAUCAUCCUCACAAUGUUGUUAAAAAAUCACGUAAAUCAAAACUAGAGGUUAAAUGGGGUGUUGAUGAUAUUUAUCAACUUUUUAAAUUAAGGCUUUCAGGUAAAGAUUUUACAGAAAUUUCCCAAAAACUUAAGCCAAAAAGAACACCAUUAGCAUGUUAUGUAAGGUUUUAUUAUAUUACAAGGUAUUAUGAAUCAUUAAAUACAAAUUGGUCAUUGAUCAAAGUAGUUAAACUUCAAUAUUUAUACAAUAAAUAUGGAAAUAACUGGAAAUUAAUAGCAAGUAAAUUGGGAAACAAGAAAUCAGGCAAAGAGAUUAAAAAUUUUUAUUUAGAUCAUGAACACAUAUUUCCAUUUUUUAAUAUGCAUAAUUUUGUAAGGACUAAUACAAUAUGGAAUGAUGAAGAAAUUGGCCAAUUCACAGAGCUUUAUCAAAAAUAUGGACCUGAUUGGAAGACAAUAUCAAAAGAAAUUAAAAAUAAAACAAAAAAUCAAUUUAUAUCAUUUUUCAAAUUGAAUCAUCAAUUUUUACCAGAACCAAGUCAUAAUGAUCAAAAAAACAUUUAUUGGCCUGUUACACGUAAGAAUUGGUCAAAAACAGAUAGAGAUUUAUUAAAGGAUUUAUUAAAAAAAUAUGGAAAUGAUUAUGGACAUGACCGUAAAAGGAUAAUGUGGUCAAGUGAUGAAAUAAAGAAAUUAGUUGAUUUGGUUAGAAUAUAUAGUGGAAAAUGGGAUAAAGUUUCUGAAAUUAUGAAAAAUAGAAUGUGGUGCCGAACCACUAUUUCUGUACCACAUUACCAAAUAGAAAAAUGCAAUAAAAAUAAUUUUUUUCCAAGUACAGAAAUCGCAUGA